AUGGCAUCACGGCCACAGCCUGCCUCCGCUGACCACGGACACAUCACGCGUCUUGAGCCGUUGGAGAAUACCUAUGUCUCUGAUACGACUCUCCAGCGGGUGAUUUCCUGGUACCUUCCCUCCUCAACCCUUGGCCAGGUCCAACCGCAUCUCACCCAGUUGGGCGCCGAGGCUAUAUCAGACCAGGUGCGCGAAUGGAGCGCAGAUGCGGAGCGAAACCAGCCGUAUGUAAAGAGUCACAAUGUCUGGGGCGAGCGAUAUGAUUACGAUCGACUCGUUACCGCCGAAGGAUGGAAACAGUUGGGGAAAUGGGGUGCCCGUCAUGGAGUGGUGGCCUUGGGAUAUGAAAAGACUUAUGGAGCCGAGCGGAGACUGGUCCAAUACGCAGUCAAUUACCUCUAUUCGCCGUCUUCUGGACUCUACUCCUGCCCCAUUAGCAUGACCGACGGUGCAGCACUCAUACUUUCCGAACAGCUCCCAUCUCUGCCCGCCGAGCAUCCCUUCCACCAGAUCUAUCAGAAGCUGAUCUCCCGCGGAGAAAACCAUUGGACCUCGGGCCAAUGGAUGACAGAACGCGCCGGAGGCAGCGACGUGCAAAACACUGAGACCUGGGCGACAUACGCGCCAUCGUCCCGUAACGAAGGGGACUACCUUGUCAACGGGUUCAAAUUCUUCUCGUCUGCCACAGAUGCCAACAUCUCGCUUCUCCUGGCUAAAACACCCUCCGGGAAACUCAGCACCUUCCUUGCGCCUCUGCGAAAGACGGUAUCCGACGGCGCCAAACUGCGCGAAGUCUCCAACGGUGUGCGCAUCCACCGUCUGAAAAAUAAGCUGGGUACGAAGGAACUCCCAACAGCCGAACUGGAGCUCAAGGAUAUGCGCGCCCAUCUUGUCGGCGCUGUGGACCGGGGCGUCUCGACCAUCGCGCCGCUUCUGAACAUCACCCGCACCCACACCUUUAUCGGGUCUGUGGCUGCGUGGCGACGCGCUAUCAGUAUCACAAAGAGCUUCGCAAAGGCCAGAACCACUGUCGGUGAACCCUUGUGGCUUAUCCCUAUGCACUUGAACCUGCUGGCCGAUAUGGAAGUUCGACACCGCGGAGCUCUGAAUCUAUCUUUCUUCACUAUUGCCGUGAUGGGCGUGGUCGAGAACAACGGCGUUUCCACACCGGUACCACAUCUCCCAGCCCCAGGGAAGGAAGCCGAGGUGGUAUUCCGUGCAUUAACAGCGAUAGCAAAGGCAGCCGUCAGUAAGAACGCCAUCGCAGGUAUCCAGGAAUGCCAGGAAGCCAUGGGCGGAGUAGGAUACAUGGAUGAACCCGACGAACCGGAGUUCAAUAUUUCGCGAAUCCUCCGGAACAUGGCCGUGAAUUCGAUCUGGGAAGGAACGACUAAUGUGUUGGCCAGUGAGCUGGUGCGUCAUCUACUGAAAGGUGAUCAUCUCGCGGUGUUUUCGUCCUGGUUUGACCGGGCGCUGGGCCUGAUCCGGGACCCGGAACUUUUGACGACGUUGAAGCACGUCUGGUCUGGGUUUCUGUCUCGGCUGUCGGCGACGGAACACGCCCGGUUGAUUCUGGCUGAUGGGCGUCGUGCCCUGUUCACCCUGGCGUGGGUGCUUUGUGGUGCGUUGCUGGCAUUGGAUGCGGAGCGCGACGGUGACACCGUGGCGGGGGAGAUUACGCGUCGCUGGAUUCUCAUGGGAGAGGGUGGUGUUGGGGAUAUGGUGUGGAGGGAUAUUGUCAGUCGGUCUAUUGAUGCAUCUCGGACUUUGUUAACCGAUGAGCAUCUUCGUUGGGAUUGUCAGAUUGCUUGGGGGGUGGAGUUGCCUGCUGGGCAGGUUUCAGGGCAUCGAUCAUUCCAGGAAUCGAAAUUGUAG